AUGGCCGUCGAAGACUCGACUUUGACAAACUCGAACGUAGCAGCUGAUGUGAAAAAAAUUGUAUUGUUGAAGCGAAAUCCGAACACUACCAUUAGUAACAGUAAUUCGCAAACCAGUAUUGGAAACAAUACUCUUGUUUCAUCAAUCGAUUUAACACAAACACCUUGUAGAUCAAAUUCAUCAUCACCAAAUCUUGAUAUUGAAUUGACUCCUGAACAAAGCGCAAAUUUGAGUGAAAUAGAUUUAAACACCGGUCUAGAUGGAUUCUUGUUGGCAGCACUCAAAAAUCCCAAAGACAGGUUAUUUCUCUUGAAAUUAGAUCGAGAAAUGGAAAGGUUUAUCAACGAUAAAAGACCGAUACUUCGUUUCUCGGAUCUGCUUGAGCAAGAAGAGGAGAAACCUGAAAAAUCCGUUAAGAUAAUGAGAAGGCAACAAAUAAACACUCAAAAACUUCGUUCAGCAGGUGAUUCUGACAGUAAUUCCGAAGGAGAGCGUAAGAUUCUAACAAUAGAAGAACGUGAGGCUGCAUAUAUAAAGGCUAGAGCUAGAAUUUUCAAUGGAGAGAGUGAGCAAGAUGAGAAUGAGGGCGCCAUAAACUCUAGCGUCAUAAACCCUAAUAUUUUGAACAUCAAUAACAACGAACAGCAGAAUAACGAGUCUGCAUCUUCUAGCAAGACAAAAAACACCUUACAAAAUAAAGUUGCGAAUGUUAAUAACAACAAUAAGAAUGGUAAACCAUCACAACAAUUAAACAAACCGGUUGGUAAUAACAAAAAUUCAAACAAAAAUAGUGCUAAUAAUACAAAGACCCGGCAACAACAGUCGGCAAGGUCGCAAACCUUUAACUACAAUCCUCCAAUGGAUCGCUCAAUGUUUUUAUCUAAACAAGGUAGACCUAUCGGUAAUUUUUCCGGUCCACCGCCAAUGAUGCAUCCGUAUGGUCCCCCGUUCUUUAAUGGACAUAUCAACAUGUACGAUGUAAACAUGGUGCCCAUACAGCCACCGAUUUUACCACCGGAUAUGCAAGUAUGUCAUCCAAUGGGUAAUCCAUAUAUGAACAUGCCUCAUGAAUGGAAUCCGACGCUCCCUGGGCCUUAUAACCGUCCGGGUGUCAGAAGUGUAUGGGGGACGGAAUCAUUCAACGCUCCUCCAGAAAUGGGGGGAAACCCAUCUCUUUUCAACCACCAACAAAACAAUGCUACUUCAUUUUUACCGCCUCGCCCUUCAGCACAAAAUGAAGUUCGUCCCCAAGUUCAUAAUAAUUUAAAACACUUGAAUCAAUAUCCUCCGCCUCAUUAUCCACAGUCUCAUGGAUCUUCGUAUUCAGAAAAUAACCCUGUAGCUAAUGCUCCCGUUUCACCCAUGGAUAAUAAAUCAAACAAAUCACCUUCGAAUUCGCCAGGUUCCCCUAUGUCGCAAUCCGGAUUUGAUAGUAGUAAUUCUAUCUGGGCGAAUAAGGGUCAAUGGAACAACGUCUCUAGCGGAGAAGAUGGUAAAUCAAACAGUGAACGUCAACUAGAUCAAAAACGUUCAAAUAGCAGAUCUUCCACGCAUGUUUCAUCGUCUCAACAGCGUGAAGUUCCGCUUUUUAACCCUGUUUGGAAUAAUUCUUCUGAUUCUCACGCGAUGAAUGUUUUCAACUCUUCAUCACAAUCUUCGACGGAUUAUUCAACUCAGAACGCACCGGGAGUGACGCUCGUACAUCCUCAAAUGUACCAUGGGAUUGUACCGCCAAUGUCGGGUCCCCGUCGUAAUAAUAGCGGGAACCACAUGAUCCCGCCACCCAUGCACCAAGAAUAUGUGAAUAAUGUUCAGCGUUUCCCACCAAUGACCGGGUUCCCAACUCAAUCUGCACCACCAAAUGUGACCGGUGCCAUAAGACCUCCGAAGUCUUCUGAGUUGUUCGACCCAAAUAAUCCCCCAGUAUCUCCGUCUCAAAAUACGAAUUCAUCUACCACUGCAUCCUCACAAAUAUCCGCAUCACAACCAUCAUCUACCUCAACUUUGUCGCCUUUGUCAUCGCGACCAAUGUCACAUACAUCAUCAAAAUCAACUUCUGUACCGAUUAAUAAAACGUCGACUUCGCCCUGGACAGGAACCUCAACUGGAAGUAAAGUAGCGUCAUUACCCCAAAAUUCAAAUAAUGCCAAUUCCCGUAGAAAGAAUGCGACCGAAUCUACCAAUAAUUCAAAUAGUAAUGCAGUACUGGAUGGUACAAUGAUGCGAUCACUGAGUAUUUCUUCAAAUAGUUCCCAACAAGGUAGAACUCAUCACCGUCCACCUUCCACCUCUCCGUCGGGGAACGGCAAAAAGAAAGAAAGCGGACUUUUAUUUGAUUAUUCUAUGCAAGUGCCGUAUGAAGGGGUUAAGCCAAGUGAAGCCAGUGAACCUCCGCAACCGAAUCACAUUAUAGAACUAUACGAUUUUUCCGAGUCCGAUGAUCUCAUGGAUAUUACAUUUUCGAAUGCGACAAUUAAACAAAUUAGUCCUCAAUCUAAUUCCCCUGGUAAACGGCCAACAAUCCUUGCUAUCUUUAAGAACGCGCGUGAAGCCAACCAAGCGAGGCAAAAUUAUAAGGGGGUAAGGUUUAAAACCAAAAUGUGGGAGCCUUUGGUAAAAAAUGGGGGGAAUAUAAACCCUCUGAUACCAGCUGGUGAACAAUCGUCUAAUUCAUCAUUAUCAAAUAAAACGAACAUUGAAGACAGUUAUGAAAAGCAUCAUCAAGAUUUGAUGAAUGCUACGCAUGGUUUACCAUUGAAUGGGAAACAAUGA